ACGGUAACUGCUCUACACGUGUUCGUUUGCCACAAUGGCAGUAACAAAGAAACCGGUGGCUAAGAAAGCCCAAUUGCACCAGAAGACUGGCAAAAAAGGAGUGAAGGGUGGCAAAAUCCGCGGCAAAGGCAUCAAGCGGAAGAUUAACUUAAAAUUUACAAUCGACUGCACGCAUCCCGCUGAGGAUAGUAUCUUAGACGUAGGUAACUUCGAGAAAUACUUGAAGGAACACGUCAAAGUUGAGGGCAAAACAAAUAACCUAAGCAAUCACGUUGUCGUCGCCAGGGAUAAGACGAAAGUCGCUAUCACCGCAGACAUUCCUUUUUCAAAGAGGUACCUGAAGUAUUUAACAAAACGUUACCUCAAGAAGAACAAUUUGCGUGACUGGCUUCGAGUGGUGGCCUCCGCUCAUGACGCUUACGAACUGCGCUACUUCAACAUCAACGCUGACAGCGAUAACGAAGACAAUGAGGAUUAAGCUAUUCAUACAAUAAAAUAGUUUUACACAA